AUGUGUCCGCUGAAGGUGGCCACCUUCACGCAAAGUGCGGUCGUGACAGUGACUGAGGCCGAGAGCUACGCACAGUGGAAAUGGUUUCUCGACUACCUAUCAGAGGACCUUCACAUACACGAUAAUGCCCCAAGAUACGUCUUCAUGUCUGAUCAACAAAAGGUCUUGCAAAAGUCAUCGCUGAGGAUUUCCCACAGAGCGAGCAUCGAUUCUGUGUCCAGCAUAUAUACAACAACUUCAAGAAGAGAUUCGUUGGGGAGAACUUUAAGGAACUAUUGUGGGAGCUUGCAUCAAGCCCACGAACAGUAUGUGGAGCGGAUGGAGGCGUUGAGGAUUAUAUAUCCCCAAGCACAUCAAUAUCUGCUCGGUGUUGCUCCAAAAGAAAAACGGAUGAAGGCGUAUUUCUCCUCAAAUGUUUGCUGUGAUGUUAUCUUGAACAAUAUCUGCGAGACCUUUAAUUCAAAGAUAGCAAUUGCUCGAGAGUUGGCCAUUAUAACCAUGUUGGAGGAGAUUCGGACGAGUCAAAUGGAGAGGAUUCAGAUUAGAGGCCAGUGGGUCAAGACAUACGAUCAUGCUCUGCCGCCUGUUGUCAAAGAGAUUGUGGAUAAGUUGUACGACAGAGCUUCUUCUUGGAGAGCAACAUGGAAUGGAGAGGAUUCGUACCAGGUGACUGGACCGUCUGCCCAGUAUGUAGUGAACAUGCGUGAUUUUACUUGCUCGUGCAGAUCAUGGCAGUUGACUGGGAUCCCAUGCACUCACGCUAUCGCGACAAUCAACAAAAAUGGGAAGGAUGUAGCAGACUAUGUCUCCCGGUAUUAUUUACGGUCCACAAUGUCGAUUCUGUACGAGAAUGUCUUAUACCCAAUUAAUGGGAUGGAUAAUUGGCCCAAGACUUCUAGUGUUGGAUUUGAACUGACGCCUCCAAGGACGAGGCGACAGCGCGGACGGCCAAAGAAAGUGAGGCGUGAAGAGCCUCAAGUUCGUCAUCACGAGGAUGGAUCUGAGUCACUACGACGAACCUUUAUACUCAGAUGUCGUCGGUGCGGACAAGAUGGUCAUAACAGGAGAACAUGCACCAAUGAUCCCCGUGUAGAUGCUCGAACCGAAGUAGGACAGAGUUCACAGCCCAGUCAGCCACCCACGACGGAUGGCGGUGACAGAGUUCAAAACCAAGAGACCAAUCGGCCUUGUCGGGGACGACCUAGCACAAGUCGGGUAAGGCAGCCAAAUGAAGAGACCAACCCAUCUGAUCCAAGGGCUGGCACACGUCGGACCAGGACCAGGACUCAUCCGCAACGCUGUGGCCGUCGCAGGGAUCAGGAUUGA